AUGGACGUAACAUCUCUGUUGAGCAACAACAGCGUAACGAGACCAAUAGACGAGCCCAGUCUAGACUCGAACAACCUAGAAGCGAGACCAAACGAGACGAGCAGGCUCAGCGAGAGACCGACCAACCGCUCGACGCCGGAGCUAGAGACAGACCUGCUGGACUACAGCGAGGCGAUGACUCACGAUACCGGCUUAGUGCCGCAGGAACGGAACGACUUCGCAAGCUUAAGCUCCAGUCUGCCUCCGAUCAACAUAACCGGCACGAGAGGACCAGCGGUGGGAGCGCAGCAAUCGGAAUUAGGCGUCUCUCCAGCCCUCAUCAAUUCGCGAGCAACCUCACUAGCAUUGGAGACAAUGUCCAACCGGUCCACCCCAGUACCACGCCCGGUAGAACGCCAGAAUUUUGCGAUCCCUACGAAUACCGCGACAGGGUUUCAGAUUCAAUCUCCGACCCCUCGUCAACCAAAUCCGACCCCUAUCCCAGCGAUGGAUCAAUACCAGGCCCCGGAUGGCCAGGAAGACAUCAUAGUGGACAACGAGCAACUAGAGACGAUCAUCAACUUAUUCAACGAUCAGUGGCUUAUGUUCGUCCAAGCGAGAGAGCAUCAGAACGUCCCAAUGAUGCGAUUUGCGCUCCAACAAGCUAUUGGCAGUCAAGAGGUAAUCCGCAAUCUAGCUGGAGGAGAAGAGAUGCUGAGGAUUUGCGAGAACUGGAUCGCCCGGGAGGAGUUAGCGGACUUGGAGAGAGCGGAACGAAUCAACCCAACCCCUCAAGUUCAGAGAUUAGCAAUAACCCAACGAGCUCAUUCGCAUACCGUCAGCCCCUCCCCUGCGCCGUUACCUUUAGCACGCCAGACCUCAGAAAUCACGUACCUGGGUCGUGGCCAACAACCAGUGCAAGACCAACCACCAACCCAGAGACCGCAGACGGCUUUAAGCCAACAUUCGGCUCGAAGCAACCAAUUGCCUCCACCCCCGCCACCGUCUACUCAACCCCCACCAGCUUCAGCAUAUUACAAUCAGCGUCCGCAAAGGCAAGCACAACACCACCCGUACCAUCGUCAGGGUGGCCCCCAGCACCAACAACAGUACCCCCAGCAACUAGUUCAGAACUACGACCAACACCAUCAAGUGCAAGUGGCCCAGACACACGAGCGGCAGCAAGGACAGUUCCACCCCCCCCAACAAGGAGAUUGGAGAGGAUACGAGAGGAACUGGAGGACUCCCCGAAAUCGGACGGCAAGAUUGCUAGAAGUGGGAGAUUAUCUGAUGAGGGCGGAGAGAGUAGCGGGAAGAGUUUUCCGCUUUCGUGGGAGGGGAAGAGGAAGGAAUCAAGCCCAACGACAAGGUUACCAACAACAAGAACCACACCCCUAG